AUGGCCAACUUAUUACCGGAUUGUCAACACAUCCAUGCAAACAUAUCGUACAAUUGCUCUAAACCAUGGCCUGCCUGUAUCAACACAAAGCACUUUGACUUCAACACUCUCUGGAAUUACACUAGUCGCAUCUAUGACGCUUGUGCUAGUGAUGCAAGGCUUUACCGAGCAGUCAGAGGCAAUCCGCCCUCUAAUAAUAGUCUUGCCUUGACCCAAGAAGCGUGCGUAGCUGUUGCUGGUGAGGGCUGGAAUCGAUAUCCAAGUUCUGAUAUAUGGGUUCGCUUAACGACAUGGAAAUUCCCCUUAUUUCAGCUUGCAUUCAUCUUUCCAAGGCCUCCACUUGACGGUGCCACGGAGACGUUCGUCGUCUUUCAUCUCCUUGGAGAUCCUAUUGAUACCAUUGCCAAUCUAUUUGCAAAGCUAGAUGUUUGUCAACAUUGGGCAGAGAUUUGGCAAAAGGCUGGCUUUCAAGAAGGUAAAGACGGAGAAAAGGGUUGGCGAGCGUUGACACUUAUCACUGACGCGUAUGCGGAGUGGGAGAGGGCUGAUGAAGCUCACGCAGUUUUGCGAGAUGCAAUAGAUCGGUUCAAAGGCCGCAAAACCCCCAAAGCCAACAUUUACCAAACUGCAGAAGCGCUUGCGGCUGAUCGUGCAACCAAAUCGCUUCCCGUCGUUGCGGCGCAGGUAAUCUUCAUUAUCACCAUUGGUGUGGCAAUCUUCAGGACUGCCGACGUUGCCAAUAAUGGGUCCGGCGCUCUCAACAAUACGCUCUACAUCAAUGUAGAGACAUUCAGCAUCGCUUUCUCUUCCCUCUAUUAUUGGGUCCUUCCAGUCGUCACCUUUGGUUCCAUUGUGGGCGUGUCUCAGACCGAGGCUGCUAUUCCACGCAUACUUGAACGCUUUCAGAAUGAUUUGAAUUAUCGCCGAAGUUUAAAGAACCAGAUUUCACUCCCGAAUGCCUGCCUUCAUGAUAAAGAAAGACGAAAGUUCCAUGGGGGGAUAUACACUUGGCAACCAUCUAAAUACGAUUCACAGAUCCGGUCUCGUUCGCCCAACAAUUUGCAGCCUGCUAGCUCGCCUCAAAGACACAAUUCCGAACCAGUUGCGAAUGAGAUUCAAUCAGAUGAAAUCAUACGGAGUAACCAUCCUGAAUCCUCACGGUCAGCCGGAAAGAAAUCAAGCCAUCUUUUCUUCGCUCACUUGAUCGUCAUGUCCGGCACCAUAACAGCAAUAAUAAUUACAUCUCUGGUACCGCCAGGAAGCUUUAAUUGUCGACACAUCGCAGAGCUCGCAAUCCUAAUUGCCUGGCUUUUCAGUUCCUACUUAGACAUUGCAAUCAACAUAGGACUGGCCCUUAAUAGCAAGCCAAUCAAGAUCCUUUGUCUAUCAUUCAAAACUUCGACGCUACUCUUUUGGGUGACAUUUUUGAAAGAUAUUAUAUUCACUGCAGCCACCUUGACUGGCAUUGCAAUGACACAAUGGGGCCUCAUGAAUCGAUGCGAUUGCUACACAGGGUGGGGCCAAGUCGGCCUUGCGCUUCCACAAAUGCAGGACGUUGAUGACGUACUUCAAGAUAGAAUUCAAGGCUGGUACAUGAUAAUUACUGUCAUCAGUCUCAUUAUCCACGCGAUAAUUUUUCCAUUGCUCGUGUGUUGGCGCUACGGCUCUGCUUUACGAGUCUACGUUCAGAGAGACGACAAAAAACCCAAUAUGCCAUAUCCGAUUCGGAAGAUGGGUGGAUGGGCCAAUGCAUGGUUCUCAAGAAAGAAAUCAGCCAAUAGUUAUGCGAAGCAACGAACUCAAAAUCGAACCAAUACUGUGUCCCUGGAACAUGGGAAAACUAGUCGUGAUGGAGCUGAAGUGAACGUUCAGCUACAGUUUCAAGGACCGGGAGCUCGUCGCGCCUCGAGCGCUCAAGCCCCACUCUUGGGACUUUUGCCUUUUGGGGACGAAGAUCGUGUGUUCUGA